AAAAGAAAGAAAAUAACAUUUCCUUCCCCUUUAUUUUUUUCUUUCCUGUCUAAUAACCGUAACACGGGUCCUAACCCUCUCACAGCCGCCUCACACAUCCCCGACCGCCGACCGUCCCUCUCUCAAUCUCAGUCUCUUAGCCGCCUCACCCUCACACUCCGACGCCCGGAACCCUACCCUCCCUCUCUCAGGGCAGCGGCCUCUCGGACUGCAGGUAUGCUCUAUCGCAUUCGCAGGUUACAGAAAGCUGCUUAUCACAGUAGUGCCGUUUACUGGUUUUGAGUGCUUUGGUGAAGAAAGAAAGAAAGAGAAUGCAAGAAGAAGACGUAGACAUGGUCACACCAGGUGAAGUUCUGGGUAAAGCGUCUGACUUCAAGGCAGGGAGAGGUGCUUAUGUGUCUCCUCACAAUCACACCAUCUACGCUUCACUCACUGGACUCCGCCUCAUUCAGUAUCCUCCUUCCGAUGCACCUGACCAGAGACCUACUAUAGAAGUAACUGGUCACAAGGCCCAUGGGGUUGUUCCAGAGCCUGGAUCUAUUGUAAUUGGUCGAGUUACUAGAGUGAUGGCCAGAAUGGCUUCUCUUGACAUUAUGUGUGUUGGCACAAAGUCUGUGCCAGAGAAAUUUUCUGGUAUAAUCAGGCAACAGGAUGUUAGAGCAACAGAGAUUGAUAAAGUGGAUAUGCACGCAUCAUAUCGUGUCGGUGACAUUGUCAGAGCUAUUGUGCUCUCUCUUGGUGAUGCAAGGGCAUAUCAUCUGUCCACUGCAAAAAAUGAGUUGGGUGUUGUAUCUGCAGACAGUGCAGCAGGUGCAACCAUGGUUCCAAUCAGUUGGACAGAGAUGCAAUGUCCAUUAACCGGGCAAAUCGAGCAAAGAAAGGUUGCUAAGUUUGGAGGAUCACCAAAAACAUAAAACCAUUACCAGAAAAAAAAUAUUAAACUUUUUUUUUAAAUUUUACUAGAGUCAACAUUUCAGUGGUAUCCAGGUCGUUUAUUUAAGGGUUCAAGUUGUCAAAAUCUUUGUAAAAGGAAACGAUAUUGGGUUAUCUUGGUUCUAUGAAAGGAUUCAUUUUUUCUCUUA